UCUGAUGACAACAGAGGCCGGUCCACAUCAUCAGUCCCGGCGCACAGAUUGCAUGGACGUAGCCUCAGCCUUCAGGAUGGCUUACGGAUUAACAAGAGGGUUUUGCUUGUCUCCAGGCUUGGAGAUCGGGAACGUGGCGAUUGGCGCCGCCAGCGCUGUUGUCUUCACCAUCGUUGUGCUGUGUGUCUUCUUCGGGAUUUUCUACCACCACCGGAGCAAAAAGCCCGAGAUCCCGAGCGUGCUGAAAUCCUUUGUGAAGAGCAACAGCAAGUGUCGCAGUCUGAUGGACUACCCCAUGCUGAUGGACGAGGUGGUGCUUCAGGUCUUCUUUGACACGAACAGCAAGUUAUUGUGCUCGCCCCCGGAGCAGGGAGACGCCUGGCGGGACGUCAACAUCGCACAGGCCUCUUCUGUGGACAGCGGCAUCGAUCUGAGCGGGCAGUCGGGGAGCCAGACCAGCGGGCAGUCCGGCGGUCGGAUGAGUAGACAAUUCGCGGGUCAGACGAGCGCUCAGUCUGCGGGUCAGGCCAGCGGGCAGUGCGAGGCUUGGAGCAGCGGGCAGCUCAGUAUAGUUUGCGACGAGGAGCCGAACCACUACAUGCAACAGAGGCCGGAGCCCGUCAGCCUCCAGGGCCCGGCGGCCGGGGAGAACGCUGUUAUUCUGCGGUCGGGCGGCAUCCUGCACCAGAACACGCCCGACAGCGGACUGAGCCCCGACGUCUCAGGCUACCAGAAACAAAGCUCGAACCCCGCGAGCUCCACACAGCACGGGGGCAUGUCCCUCGCGUCACCACCUCAGCAGGACACGGCGCUCGGCUUCUCGACCCCGGGCCACCUCGACACGGUGGACUGCUUCUCAAACGGACUCCUGACUUUAGAUGAUUUAGUGAUGACUGAGGCAACCUUGUGAAAUGGACAUUGUUUUUUUUUGGGGUGUGGGUGUGGGGGGGGGUGGGGGGGACUUGGGACGAAUGAAUGAACGAACGAAUGCAUUUUUGUAAUUUAUUUGGAUAGUAAUUUAUUAUUAAAAAAAAUCUGAUUUUUCAUGAAACUGAUGGCUGGA